AUAGGAAUUUCAGACGCGAGAUGGCGCUGGUGCCGACAACCACAUAUCGUGAUCUUUCCCGCGAAUUGGAUCGUCCGCGUCCGCUCUACCAGCCACAACCAUAUGACUAUCCCCCACUGUAUCCGUAUCUGUGGGACGACCCGCGUGCCUGGUGGCCCCGAAUGGGCAGCACCGACUAUUUGCGUCCCUUAGAUGACCUAGUGACGCGACGGGUGCGCAAUCAGUUAAUCCAAGCUACACCGCAAGAGUGGACACAUCCCAUGCACUGGGACAAUUACUAUACCGGCGAGCGUGUGCAUGCGGACGAGAAGGGUUUCCGCAUCGACAUUGAUGUGCGCCAGUUUCGACCCUCUGAGAUUGUGGUGAAGACCACCGAUGAUUAUAUCACUGUCGAGGGCAAUCACAACAAACGCAACGAGGGCGCCAAUGGCUAUGUGGAGCGACAUUUUGUGCGCAAAUAUCUGCUGCCCCGUGGCUACAAUGCCAACGAGGUCAUCUCCGACAUAUCCUCGGAUGGCAUCCUGACUAUUAAGGCACCGCCACCGCCACCCACCAAAUACUACAGUCCCAGCGAGCGUUUGGUGCGCGUCCACGAAACAGGCAAAUUGGCCCUGCCCUGGAAAUAGAGUCCCAGUAUAAACCUUUGGCUACUGCGUACCCUGCUUUUCUGCAUAGCCCUGGCCAUGCAACAGCAACACAAACAGGGUAUAUUCAAUAUAAAUUUCAAGGUGAACUAUUUUUGGCCAUUUUGACCAUGUUGUAACGAAAAUUUCAAUUCAUUUUAAAUACUACGUAAAAUGCUUGUCGAAGUCUUUAAUGCGCAAUAAACUGAUAGAAACAAAUGAAUGUCGGCAUAUUGCUCCAUAAAAUAAAUAAGAUAAAUUACAAAAUUCUACAAA